UGGCUGCCACAAGCCAGACAAUUAUUUAGUGAAGACAGAGGAGUAGAGGAGUCCAUUCGAUCUACUGAGCACUGAAAUCGUUUAAAAUGGAUGAACUUGAUCAGAUUUUUGUAGGAUAAAGCCAAACAGCGGCCGAAAUGUUAGGAUAAGUGCAGACAAGUCUGGAAGUUAGGAGUUAGUCAUACUUUGUGGUUUCUCGGUGUCCAGAGAAUAAAACACUGGCAGUUCUGCGUGUCGGCCUCUCGGUGGUCAUCUUAUAUUACUGAAACGCCUUUUUGUUUUUUUUUUGUUUUUUGUUUUUCUUAGCCGGUCGCAUCCGUCAAUCAGGGGCAUGAGCGCAGAGGAGCAGGACCGGCUGCGCACCCUCUUUAAGACCUACGACGUGGACAACUCCGGGCGGAUCGAGAGGAACGAGUUCCUCACCAUCUGUGCGGAGCUGCAGGUGCCCGCGGCCGAGGCGGACCGUAUAUUUGACCGGCUGGACGUCGACAAAGACGGAACCGUCACUCUGCUGGAGUUCAUCAGCGGCUUCCACGACCGCUACGGAGAGGACAUGGAGCUGGAAGGAGGAGACGUGUCCGCCGCCUGGGAGGAUUUCGAGGGGAGAAUGGGCGACCAGUCCAAGUUCAUCCCCAGGCAUGAACAAGCAGCAACGUUGUACCAGAACAUCAGCUUGACUGAGCCCAGACUGAUUCCUCAGUUUGAAAAAGUUGUCAUGAACUUCACCAAAGAGAUCAAACAGCAAAACUCAGAGAUGGAGAACCUGGCUCUCGCUAUCAAACGAGCGCAGGACCAGGCAUCGAUGCAGCUCAGUGAGAUGGAGGAAGAGAUGGACCAACGCAUUCACAAUGCAGAGAGGAAAACACGGGAGCAGGAGAAGAAGCGAACAGAGGAUGCACUUAGCGAGUUACGAAGAAGUUAUGAAAUUGAAGUGUGUGAGCUUCAGUGUAAGAUCCAGAAGAUGCAGAUGAUAGAAGAGAGGUACAAGACGAUCACUGUGAAAGAUGAGAGCCCGGCGUUGAAGAAGAAGAUCAAUGAGCUAACGCUGGACAACCAGCGGUUAAAACAGGAGCUGUUGAGAUCUCAGACCAAAGUUGCCUGUCUACAUAGUGAGAUGGACUUGCUGAAGACGGAGAUAACCGAUCAAAGCAUCAACUCUGAGCGAGACGAGGAGCUUGUGAAACAUUUCACUGAUGAGAGAGACAUCCUGGAGAGUCAGAUUGAUAUUCUGCAGACAGCCAACAGGAAGCUCCAUGACACCAACGAUGGCCUGAGGGCCACUCUGGAGAGGAUCACAAGAUCCGGCACCAGUGAAUCACCAGCAGAUAUGAAGAACAGAGGCAGAAGUAAAAGCAUCUGCCACGGAUCGCCAUACACCUUCAUGAACAGGUUCUGCCAUGGUAUGGACGAUUUACCUCCGUUCACCAAACGGCCCAGCGGUGACACCAUGGCCCUGGCCAUGUGUGACCCAGGCCUGAGGCGCAGACUCAGCAGUGAGUGUGAGGAGGACAGCCUGCCUGAGAUCUACAUGGACAGCGGCCUGUCCACACUCAGGGGUUCCCAUGGAGGCUACGACUCCGAGCAGGAGGUCAAAGGUCAAGAAGAAGAGGAGGAAGAGAAAGAGGAGAAAAAAAGGGAGGAUGACAACAAUGAUAGCAUGAUGGGAGAAAAUUCUGACACUGAGCCAGCGGAGACACAGGAUGGUGAGUCGGCGUUUGGGUCGGACAGCAGCUCAGUUUUGGACUGGAAGCCGUCUGAAUCCAUUAGUGUCACCACAACACCAACCCCGACAAAACGAAAACCCCUCAGUGCCAGCACUAUGAAGAAGGAGCGCAAGAAUAGCAUUGACCUGGGCUACAUGACAUCAGAGAAGGCCUUCAGGAUCGUGUUGGCUGGAGAUGCUGCGGUGGGAAAGUCCAGCUUCCUGUUGCGCUUCUGCAAGAACGAAUUCAAACUCAACUCCAGCGCUACUCUGGGAGUGGAUUUCCAGAUGAAGACAGUAAUCGUAGAUGGAGAGCCUGUUUUACUACAACUAUGGGACACUGCAGGACAGGAAAGGUUUCGCAGUAUUGCAAAGUCUUAUUUCCGCCGGGCGGACGGAGUGUUGCUGCUUUACGAUGUCACCUGUGAAAAGAGCUUCCUUAAUGUUAGAGAGUGGGUGGACAUGAUUGAGGAUUUAUCGCACGAGGAUAUUCCCAUCAUGCUCGUGGGUAAUAAGUGUGAUCUUAGACAAGAUGGAGUUAACUGCGUUCCUACCAGCUAUGGAGAAAAACUGGCCAUGACAUACAACACUCUGUUCUGUGAAACUAGCGCCAAAGAUGGAGAUAACAUCCUUGAGGCUGUGCUGCACCUGGCCAGGCAAGUAAGAGAGCAGGAUACCUUUGAUGAAAAGAAUCGUUAUCAGUCGCUGCCCAGCUUGGAUGCUCCCAGGAGGAAACCAAACUUCUUCUGCUGCACCUGAUCAAAACUCAUCAGCUCUGGGCCUGGACAUCUGACUUAAUGUGAACUCAGUAUAGGUGGAACAAGAAGGAAAAACUACUGCAAUGGGAACAAAUCAUCAUUGUGAAACCACAAAAAUUUAACGUAUGACCUAAGUGAGCAAACAAGUGAUGUGGGAUCACAAAUAUCCACAACUUCACAUUACUUUAAAUUUUCAUUGUUAUUCAGGGUUAUUUAAACAUAAUGUACUGAGCUGCAUUUCAGCCACAGCUGGAUGAUUUACUGUUCUGUAUUUUAUGAAUUUGAGAAUGUUUAAGUCAGUGUAAACUUUCUUGCCAUGUGACAGUUAUGUUAAUUUUUUUUAUUAUGCUAUCACACAUAUUUGUAUAAGUUCCUUCCACAUAUGUGAUAUGAAUUGUACAGUUAUCCCAGACUGGCAUGGUCAUGAAAAGAGAAAAACAGCUGUGAAUUAAAAUGUGUGAGAGUGAUCUGAAAGUGAAGCUGAACAUAUGAGCAUAUUUUUGAAGUGACAGUAUGUGAUGCUGACAAAUAACUGCAUGUGAUAGAGCUUAUGGUUAUAGUGACAAACAAGAGAAAUAAGAAUAGAUUCUUAUCUGGUUAUGCUGUUAACUGUGGCACUUAUCUAAAUACUUCUGAGCUCAGUUAUCAUCAGUGUAAGUGAAGAUGGUUUGAAGUGACAUCUGCAGCAUGUUGGUAGGCUGGGAGGAAACUGAAGUUGAAACCUCAGACUUUAUUGCAAGUGAACUGCAUCGGAUGCCGACAUGGAGACACUGAGAAUUAUGGAAAAAGUUGAAGCAAGAAAUGCUCAGCCUCGUCUUUGUUCCUAUAUGAUGAAACUUGGUGCAGUGUUUAAUUGUAUGAGACUUUAUGCUAAUGUAACAACUCAUCAUCUUUAUUAUAUUACCCACAGUGUUACAAUUCUUCCCACCGUGGAUGACUUUGUGUUAUAGAUUUUAUUUUUUUGAACCUGAUAUAGCAGAUCAUUUUCAAUUUGCACAAAUGCUUUAAAUAAUGGCUGUCACUGUAUCAUCUGGUAUGAGUUAUGAAAAUUAGGUAAGCAUAAAAGAGAGAGAUGGCAGGAAGCAGAGCCCUUAUGUUUAUCCCUUUGUUACAGUACACGUAUGCAUUUCUGUUUAAAUGUGUACAUGUCAGCUUGCCAAAUUGUCACUACUGAUGUUAUACAGUCUGUCUUAUUGUUAUUUCUUUAUAAUAAUGCCAUAUUACCCAUAUUAUCAAGCUGCCCAGGGGAAGUGUAUAAAGUCAGUAUGCUUCAGAUGAAAUGCUUGUUGGAGUUUCAAACAGCAUUUGAAAUGCCUCCCCACAGACCUUAAAUUGGAAUUGGUGGGCUGUGUCUGACAGUUUCUCUUCUCCAACUUACUUUAUUGAAUUUCCAAACAAAUAAUAUAUUAAAUAACAAAUUUAAUAUCAGCCUCAUCAGUUUAGAUUUUGAAUUGAUGCAGAGAUGAGAGCUGAAAAAAGUGGUGUUGCAUAGUUACUGUAUGUGGUAUAUAUAUACAUAUAUGUGAUACUGUACAUGAAAAUAAAGUGAAUGAAAUGAG